UGAAAUGGGAAAACUUGUUACAUAUCAAGUAAAUUUACCCGAACCACUUAAAAAGAAAGCAAGAUUUCUUGAACCAAUACCCGAGGAGGUUGAUGACAGAAUGGCAGACCUAACCGAUGAUAUGACCGAAAAAGAAUUAUUUAACAUGUCGAUGCGCAAAAGUUUGAGAUUGACAAAAGGUUUUGUUAGAAUAGAAGAACAACCAAUUAUAGAUGAGUAUAUUAGGCAGUUUAGUGAUGAUUAUGAGGUUCCACCACCACCACCAAUGAUGUUUACAUGA